AUGGCGGCGCCGCGUCGGUCCCAGCACCAUCACCACCAUCACCCGCCGCCCCCCGCGCCGGCCUCUCCGCCGCGCAGCCCAGGCCUCUCCCCUGCGGGCGCCGCGCCCUCUCCGCAGCGGCACAGCCUGGCCGGGCCAGAGGGCGAGGCCCCCCCUUCGGGCGGCGGUCGCGACGCGGAGCGCGCUCUGUCGCCGGAGCAGCCGGAGAGCGCGGCCGGGGCCGCCCCCCCGCCGGCCUCUGGCUCCAGUAGCAGCAGCGUGGCCACCAGUAGCGGCAGCGCUUCAUCGUCGUCCUCGGCGGCCUCCAGCCCGGCAGCCGAGAGCCCGGAGCCGCCUGGGCCGGGCGCGGGGAGCGGCGCCUUCCGGGAGCUGCUCGAAGCCUGCCGCAAUGGAGACGUGACCCGUGUCAAGCGCCUGGUGGACACGAGCAACGUAAACGCCAAGGACAUGGCGGGAAGGAAAUCCACCCCCCUGCACUUCGCCGCGGGUUUUGGAAGGAAGGAUGUAGUAGAACACUUGCUGCAGACAGGAGCCAAUGUUCACGCUCGUGAUGAUGGAGGGCUAAUACCCCUUCAUAAUGCUUGUUCCUUUGGUCAUGCUGAGGUGGUUAGCCUGUUACUAUGUCAAGGUGCAGAUCCAAAUGCCAGAGACAAUUGGAACUACACUCCUCUGCAUGAAGCUGCUAUCAAAGGGAAGAUAGAUGUGUGUAUUGUGCUGCUGCAGCACGGAGCUGAUCCAAACAUUCGAAACACUGAUGGGAAAUCAGCGCUGGACCUGGCAGAUCCUUCGGCAAAAGCUGUACUCACAGGUGAAUACAAGAAGGACGAACUCCUGGAAGCUGCUAGGAGCGGUAAUGAAGAAAAACUAAUGGCUUUAUUGACUCCUUUAAAUGUGAACUGCCAUGCAAGUGAUGGGCGGAAAUCCACUCCUUUGCAUCUAGCAGCAGGCUACAACAGAGUUCGAAUAGUCCAGCUUUUGCUUCAGCAUGGUGCUGAUGUUCAUGCAAAGGACAAGGGCGGACUUGUACCUCUUCAUAAUGCAUGUUCAUAUGGACAUUUUGAAGUCACAGAAUUGUUACUUAAGCAUGGAGCCUGUGUUAAUGCUAUGGAUCUCUGGCAGUUUACCCCCUUACAUGAAGCUGCUUCCAAGAAUCGUGUAGAAGUCUGCUCUUUGUUGCUUAGUCAUGGUGCAGAUCCAACACUGGUCAACUGCCAUGGCAAGAGUGCUGUCGAUAUGGCUCCAACACCUGAGCUAAGGGAGAGACUGACUUAUGAAUUCAAAGGACAUUCUUUACUGCAAGCAGCCAGAGAGGCAGACCUAGCCAAAGUGAAAAAGACACUUGCUUUGGAGAUCAUUAAUUUCAAACAGCCACAGUCACAUGAGACAGCUCUGCACUGUGCUGUCGCUUCCCUGCAUCCUAAACGGAAACAAGUUACAGAACUGUUGCUCAGGAAAGGAGCUAAUGUUAAUGAGAAAAACAAAGACUUCAUGACGCCUUUGCAUGUUGCAGCUGAAAGAGCUCAUAAUGAUGUCAUGGAGGUUCUGCAUAAACAUGGAGCAAAGAUGAAUGCACUGGACACACUUGGUCAGACAGCUUUGCAUAGGGCUGCUUUGGCAGGUCACUUGCAAACCUGUCGCCUCCUGCUGAAUUACGGCUCUGAUCCCUCCAUCAUCUCCUUACAAGGCUUCACAGCAGCACAGAUGGGAAAUGAAGCAGUGCAGCAAAUUCUAAGUGAAAGUACACCUGUACGCACUUCUGAUGUGGAUUAUCGACUGUUAGAAGCGUCCAAAGCAGGAGAUUUGGAAACUGUGAAGCAGCUUUGCAGUCCUCAGAAUGUGAAUUGCAGAGAUUUGGAGGGACGUCAUUCAACCCCGCUCCACUUUGCUGCAGGUUAUAAUCGUGUAUCUGUAGUAGAGUAUCUGCUGCACCAUGGGGCAGAUGUGCACGCCAAAGACAAAGGCGGCUUAGUACCCUUGCAUAAUGCCUGUUCAUAUGGACACUAUGAGGUGGCCGAGCUAUUGGUGAGGCAUGGGGCCUCUGUCAAUGUGGCAGACCUGUGGAAAUUUACCCCGCUGCAUGAAGCAGCAGCAAAAGGAAAAUAUGAAAUCUGCAAGCUGCUUUUAAAACAUGGAGCAGAUCCAACAAAAAAGAACAGAGAUGGUAACACUCCUCUAGAUCUGGUGAAAGAAGGAGACACAGAUAUACAGGACUUGCUGCGGGGAGACGCUGCCUUGCUAGAUGCUGCCAAAAAGGGUUGUCUGGCAAGAGUGCAGAAGCUGUGUACACCAGAUAAUAUCAAUUGCAGAGACACCCAAGGAAGAAAUUCAACACCAUUACAUCUUGCAGCCGGCUAUAAUAACCUGGAAGUAGCCGAAUACCUUCUAGAGCAUGGUGCUGACGUUAAUGCUCAAGACAAAGGAGGACUAAUCCCCUUACAUAAUGCAGCAUCCUAUGGGCAUGUGGAUAUAGCAGCGCUCUUGAUUAAAUACAGCACAUGUGUAAAUGCAACGGAUAAAUGGGCAUUCACACCGUUGCAUGAAGCAGCACAAAAAGGAAGAACACAGCUAUGUGCUCUGCUACUAGCUCAUGGAGCAGAUCCAACCAUGAAGAACCAAGAGGGUCAAACACCUUUAGACCUGGCAACGGCUGAUGAUAUCAGAGCUUUGCUGAUAGAUGCAAUGCCUCCAGAAGCCUUGCCUACCUGUUUUAAACCUCAGGCAACUGUAGUUAGUGCCUCUCUAAUCUCACCAGCAUCUACUCCCUCCUGUCUCUCUGCUGCCAGCAGCAUAGAUAACCUUACAGGGCCUCUGGCAGAACUUGCAGUGGGAGGAGCAUCAAAUGCUGGGGAUGGAGCAGCAGGAACAGAAAGGAAAGAAGGAGAAGUCACUGGUCUUGACAUGAAUAUCAGCCAGUUCCUGAAAAGCCUUGGGCUUGAACACCUGCGGGAUAUCUUUGAAACAGAACAGAUAACUCUUGAUGUAUUGGCAGACAUGGGGCAUGAAGAGUUAAAAGAAAUUGGCAUUAACGCAUACGGACAUCGUCACAAACUAAUAAAAGGUGUAGAGAGACUUCUAGGAGGUCAGCAAGGCACCAGUCCUUAUUUGACUUUUCACUGUGUGAGCCAAGGGACUAUUCUCCUAGAUCUUGCUCCCGAUGAUAAGGAGUAUCAAUCAGUAGAAGAGGAGAUGCAAAGUACAAUCCGGGAGCACAGAGACGGUGGCAAUGCUGGAGGGAUCUUCAACAGAUAUAAUGUCAUCAGGAUUCAGAAGGUUGUGAACAAGAAGUUGAGGGAGAGAUUCUGUCACAGACAGAAGGAGGUCUCAGAGGAAAAUCACAACCAUCACAAUGAGCGUAUGUUGUUUCAUGGGUCUCCUUUUAUUAACGCGAUUAUUCACAAAGGAUUUGAUGAAAGACAUGCAUACAUUGGAGGGAUGUUUGGAGCUGGAAUUUACUUUGCAGAGAACUCCUCGAAAAGUAACCAGUAUGUGUAUGGAAUUGGGGGAGGGACUGGCUGCCCAACACACAAAGACAGAUCCUGUUACAUUUGUCACAGACAAAUGCUUUUCUGUAGAGUCACUCUUGGAAAAUCCUUUCUGCAGUUCAGUACAAUGAAAAUGGCUCAUGCCCCUCCCGGACAUCAUUCUGUUAUUGGCAGGCCAAGCGUGAAUGGACUUGCAUAUGCUGAAUAUGUUAUCUACAGAGGAGAGCAGGCUUACCCAGAAUAUCUCAUUACAUACCAGAUCAUGAAACCAGAAGCUCCCUCACAAACGGCAACCGCAGCAGAGCAGAAGACCUAGUAAA